AUAUAUAUAUAUAUAUAUAUAUAUAUAUAUAUAUAUAUAUAUAUAUAUGUGUGUGUGUGUGUGUGGUAGUGUUACUUGUGUGUAUGUAUUCCCCACCCAUGUUUUCGUUCUGAAAGUAACGCCCUCUGGCCUCUGCCCGUCUGCUCUGUGUAAAUAAAUAUCCUAUCACGCUACUUCAACAUUUUUAUGGUCAAGGAAAAACGAGGACAGGCUCUGCCCUAAAAUCAUUUUCCACCGUUUAUCUUUUUAAGUCAAAGUCGCAGCUCUGAAGUAAAAUAAUACGAUCACAUAUUCACCUCCGAACGGCGUUACAAAAUGGCGUUCUCACUUGGUUCUUUUAAGCUAAAGGACGACGAAACAGUUCCAUAUGGAUUCGCUAUUUGUGUGUUUGUUUAUACUUGUGUUCUUGUGAUACUGUUGAUGAUGGCCGCAUUGGUGCUGAAAUUGAUUGGCUACUUAGAUUGUGAGGGAGGAGAAGGAGGUUCAACGGAGAGUAGCCGGCUGCUGCCGAAGGCGGCGAUUCCAAUCCUUUACGGAGCUUGUGGGGAAGAAGAUGAAGAGUCCGGCAACUGCAGCCGGAGCAAUUCAUCCGGGGAAGGCGGAGAAGAGUUUUACGGCGGAAAGAUAUGUGCCAUUUGCUAUGACCAUAACCGGUGCUGUUUUUUUGUCCCAUGCGGUCACUUUGCUUCUUGUUAUGAAUGUUCCAAGAGGAUUAGUGAAGGAGAAGCCAAGACAUGUCCAUUUUGUAGAACAGAUAUUCACAUGAUAAGAAGGCUGUUCAGCCUGUAAACCCAACCCGAGCUGGUGUCCACAAUAUUAUUAAGGGACAUCAGUGCAUGCUGUUUGAUUUGUAUAUUCUGCACUCUAUUUUCUUGGGCAUUUUUUCAGCUGAAUUUGUACUUUCAAUUUAUAGGCAAAUGUAGGUCUCCAAACUGUAAGCAAAUAUGACUCCAAUCCAGCAGUGAUAUGUUCAAAGAUAAUGCAAAGAAAAAAGUAUUAGUUGCCGGUCGAACACUCCUUGCUGCCGGGAUCCUUCUCCGAUUGAACGGCUCGCCGCCGAACGGGAGUGGAAGACCGUCCAAGAAGUACAACCGCAGCUCCCCUGUUUCCGGUUCGGUUGAUAGACGAAGAAGAAGUACGUGCUCUGUGACUUCUGAGUUUUAUUUUCUUUCAUUUCAUUGCUUGGCCGCAGUUUCAUUGCUUGUUCAAGAGAGGUGGCUCAUGGAGAUCUUGUCGUGAAGUACAUUCCUACCCACCCGCAGUUAGCUGACAUCUUUACCAAAAAUUUGUCUAGUCAGCGUUUUGAGUUUUUACGUUCCAAUCUGUAAGUUGUAUCCCCUGUACAGAUUGAUGAGGUGUAAUAAUGUAAUUAUAUAAGGAUUACUGUGUAAUUUCCCAAACUGAUUUUAGUAUAAAUAUAACGUCAAGGCACCCGAUAGGGUAAGCUAUUAUUUCCCAAAA